AUGGCAGCAGUAAAUGAUUCAAGGUUAUGUUCAAUCUGUAAUAAACCUUCAGCAAGAUGCUUUUGUAUUGGAUGUCAAAAUUAUUUUUGUUCAAAGGAUUUCAAAGAACAUGAACAACAACUAUCGAUGAAAUUUGACAGUGAAAUAGUAAGUUCUCAUGAUGAACUUCUUGGUCAAAUUCAAAAAUUAGAAAAAUCAAAUUCUUUGGCAUUGGAUCUUUUUGAUCAAAUUGAACAAUGGAAAAGAGCAACAAUCAAUAAAGUCGAAAAAGCAGCAGAAAAAGCUCAUCAUCAACUUAUCGAAGUAAUUGAGAAACAAAGAAUAACAAUAAUAAAACAACUUGAACCAAUCACAAAAGAAAUUCAUUAUCGUCGAGAAGAAGAUAAUUUUAUUGAAAAUGAUAUUGAUCGACUCAGAAAAAAACUCAAUGAAAUCCAACAAAUGCUUAAACCAUUUAUUGAAAAAGAUGCAACUAAAAGCGUCAUUGCUGAUAAUGAUCAAAUUGAUUGGAAUCAAGUUAUCUAUAUUCGAGCAGAACGACAACAACAACCCAACUGUGAGUAUAGUGAACUAAGAAUAUAG